UGAUCCUAUUCUUUUUUCAUAUUUGUGCCGGGAACCGCAUGUGUAUGAUUAAUACUAACUAAUGAGAUAAUAUUAGAUAUUUAUAGUCAACUAUUUAUCUCGGCCUCUGUGUACCGAGUUUAAAACAAAGAAAUCUUAUGUUAUACGCCUUGUGUACACAUUCCAGAUAAGAUAAAGUUUAGUUAGUGUAUACCUAACUGUGCAGUAGUAUACUGCUUACUGCAGGGGUCCAGUGAUUGUGAUGUCAAGAAUCUCAUAAACUGUCCAUAAUGAGGCGAAGGAAGUACAAAGUGCUGUUGUGUCCGUUUGUGUUGGUCGUGUGCGUUUUAUAUUACUUCUUCAGCAUCGGCGACUACAUAUACUCUAGAAGCUUCGAGAACGAAUUCGACUACCCCCUCAACAUUGAUAUAAAACCAGUUGUAAAAGACAUAUUGUCUGGAAAAAAACCUGAUGUCAAACCUAUAAACUACUAUCCGUAUAGAUUUUUAACCAAUUCUGGCAAAUGUAAGACUAUUGAGAAGCUGGAUCUUUUUAUAGUUGUCAAAUCGGCUAUGAAGAACUUUGGUCAUAGAGAUGCAGUGAGACAGACUUACGGACAAGAGAAUGUUAUAUCUGGACGGAUUAUAAAGACACUGUUCUUCUUGGGUAUCGAUGGGCGACCAAAAUCUGAGACUCAGAGACUGAUCGACGAGGAGAUGGCGAAGCAUAAAGAUAUUAUUCAGAUAGAUUUCCAUGACAAUUAUUAUAAUAACACCAUAAAAACCAUGAUGUCGUUCCGAUGGUUGUACGAACAUUGUUCUACGGCUGACUUCUACUUAUUCACCGAUGAUGACAUGUACAUAUCUGUUAAUAACCUCAUAGACUAUGUCAACGAUCAAGCUACAAAUAAAAUACAAAUAGACAAAGAUAGCAAUUUAAGAAGUUCCGCCAAUACAGAGGAGAACGGACAGUUAUAUGCUGGUUACGUCUUCAAAUCAGGCCCGCAAAGGUUUAAAAGUAGCAAAUGGCGUGUCACUCUUGACGAAUAUCCGUGGAACAAAUGGCCGCCGUACGUCACAGCUGGAGCGUACGUCAUAUCAAACAAAUCUAUGAAAUAUUUGUAUGUGGGUAGUUUGUUUGUGAAACAUUUUCGGUUUGACGAUAUAUACUUAGGUAUUGUUGCCAAGAAAGUUGGUAUAGGUGUGAGGCAUUGCCCUCAAUUUCAUUUCUACAGAAAGAAGUACAGUAAAGAUGGAUAUAAGGACGUGAUAGCAUCUCACGGAUUUCAAGAUCACGCUGAAUUAGUGAGAGUUUGGAAUGAACAGAAUAUUAUUGUAUAAUGUGAUUUGAGUUACUAUGUAUUGCAUUUUUAGUUGCUACUUAUUUUCUUAGUGUCUACUACUGGAUAACGUUAGUAAUUACUAUUUUCUUUAAUUGCUCAAUAGGGGCAGCACUUUCGAUUUACUUAACGGUGUUGCCGUGUUAAAGUUUAGCAGAAAUUGUAGCAAUAAUUGUCGGUUAUGCGGUAUUUUUCUGUUAAAACUUUUAGCCUUGUACAUCACAAC